AUGAACCUAAAGCUCAUCCUCUUUUGCCUUUUCUUGGCAGCGCUGCUCGUACCUGCUGAAAAUAUUGUUUUAGACUUCUUCUUUCAGAUCACAGAGGGAGGUGAUGAUGAUGAUGAUGAUGAUUCUAAUCAUUUAGACUGGCUUUUUGAACUUCAAGAGCCUCAUGGCAAUUGCAAGCCCAACCCUUGCUUCAACAAUGGAGUGUGUGAGGAGAAAGGAAAGAAAAAAAUCAAGUGUCGUUGUCCCCAUCCUUAUCAAGGGAAGAGAUGUGAGAAAGGUCCUAAAAUUUGUGCAAGAGGUAAAUGUGGCCGUGGUGAAUGUGUGCUUACUUCAAGUCCCCCGUUUUACCAGUGCAAAUGCAAACAGCCCUUCCAGCCUCCACACUGCACGACCUUUUCAGUAUGUAAUCCUAAUCCAUGUAGAAAUGGAGGACAAUGCAUCAAGGAUGGUAAUGACUUUGACUGUCAGUGCCCUUCAGGGUACAGGGGACGUUUCUGCCAUGUUGGCCCAAAUGACUGCUAUGUGGAUGAUGGCGAGUCAUAUCGUGGUAGUGUCAGUGAGACAGAUGAUGGUGAUGAAUGCCUCUUCUGGAACUCUCACUUCAUCCUCAAUAAAGGAGUUAAUCCCUUCACAUCCUUCGAGGACACAGAUGGACUUGGCCCUCACAACUUCUGCAGAAAUCCAGAUGGAGAGGAAAAGCCCUGGUGUUUCUUCAGAAGAGGCCAGAACUUGACAUGGCACUACUGUGAUGUAACCAAGUGUCCUGAGCCAACAGGUGUGGCACCAACUGAAAUUGUCCCUCCUACCCCUCAUCCAACAAAACCCGAACCUACAGCAGACCCUAGGCCAAUGACUAUCACAACCUCAGUGACUGAGAAGCCCAGUCAGGCUCCACACCCUCCUCCUACACCCACCAGUGGUCCUUUCAUCCCCAGUGGCACUCCUCCACCACUCCCAUUCUCCACCUGUGGGAAACCUCAGCCAAAAAAUGCUAUUACCCGAAUUUUUGGGGGUCUGAAGGUCUCUCCUGGGGCCAUUCCCUGGCAGGUGUCUCUGGAAGUGAGACCAAAGAACACCAACCAGCCAUACAGACACAUCUGUGGAGGAGUUCUCAUUGCGAGCUGCUGGGUUCUGACAGCUGGACACUGCAUUAUACAAAGAAAUGACAUGCAGGUGGUUGUGGGAGGUCUGUCACUGGGUACAAAUGAAUCCACAGAGCAAACCAUAAAAGUUGAACAGGCUAUUGUACAUGAGGGCUACAGGGAGACUUCUUCAGCUGUUUACAACGACAUAGCAUUGCUGAGGCUGCAAGGUGCUAAUGGAGUCUGUGCCAAUGAGACCCAGUUUGUGAAGAUAGCCUGUCUGCCUGAUGCCAUACUGCCUGAUGGGAUGGAGUGUACCAUUUCUGGAUGGGGUGCUACUGAGCAAUCAUCACAUGGUUCUAACCACCUGCUGCAGGCCAAUGUACUGCUGAUCAACCAGCAGAAGUGCUCUGAACCCAGUGUUUAUGGACGCUUCCUGGAUAAUACCAUGAUCUGUGCUGGCCACCUGAAGGGAGGGGUGGAUUCCUGUCAGGGGGAUUCUGGAGGACCAAUGACUUGUAAACAAAACAAUACCCACAUCCUUUAUGGUUUGGUGAGCUGGGGAGAUCAGUGUGGGAAGGCGAACAAGCCUGGGGUCUACACACGGGUCAUUCACUUCCUUCAAUGGGUCAAGUCAAAAACCCAAGCAGCAUCUCCAAAGCCCAAGUGUCACAGAACUCAUAGCUACACCCCUGAUCAGUUUAGGAGAGCCAUUGUGCUGGAAUGUGUGUACGUCCACAAACUGACUUAA